UGUCUGUGACCGCUUUGAGUUGAGUAUCUAUACAUAUACAUUGGUGCGUGUUUGCAAAUGUAUUAACUGUGUUCGAUAUACGCAUACGUGGUCUCCGGGAAGUGUCGCCAACAGCCCAGGGCUAUCGUUAAUCGAUUCUGCCGCCAGAGGGAGCUGCGCACUCACCAACAAACACUCGUUGAACAGACGACAGUCGACAAUGUGAUUCCACACUUACUUAUCAUUUUCUGGAGUAAGAAAAACAGAAAACAGUUGCGUAAGGUCCGAAAAAAAAAGAUCGGACCAGUUCCGACAUGGUUACGCUACCAAAUGUCAUGUUUCUCUGGAUUUCUAUUCUAUGUUUCUCGUUUCACACCGGUUCAACAACAGAUGUGUCUGGCUUCGAGACGGCGCCCGGCGGGACGAAUCUGGUCACACUGUCUGCAGGAGGGACGGCAACUCUCAACUUGGUGUACACGGACGGGUCAAGUCCCACGCUAAGCGCCUCCUAUGACACAAGUGACGUCGUAAGCGGAGGUACGGUGGAUACCGGAGCUAAAACAGCAACGCUCGUAAUAGACUCGACCGACAACACUAAAGUUCCUUCUAGCUUCGGGACGUACCUUCUAACAAUCAGCCUGACACCGGAUUCCGGAGCUCAACAAGACAAACAAGUUGUCAUCUUUUAUGAGCAAGCCAUCACUAACUUCCAGAUAACGGUUGAGAGUGACGUGGUGGCCAUUGGAGAACCGUUUGAUUUCACAGUGACACUUGCCACUGGCAGCAAUAUAGAGUUAGAAUGGUUUUUGGAUGAAAACUCAACUUGUCUAGAAGAGUACACCGGCGCAUUCACAACAUCAACCAGGAAUCACAUUUUUAAUGCGACAGGAGAACACAACACCACAGUUGUCGUAGCCAACUCAGUCAGCCGGACUUUCACCAAUGUCAUUGUUAACGCAUAUAUGCGAAUAAACAGCAGUGAUUUCACAAUUACAAACAACGAAGGGCCAAUACAAACUACUGAAACUGUGACCUUUACGGUUAGCCUAGACUCCAGCAUCGUCUCUCCCGCGUAUGGAAACAUCAAUUUGGAGGUGAAUUACAACAAUGGCGACUCUCCAACAAACGUGUCCAUAGCUAGCGAAUUAGCCACAAUGCAGGGAGCUGGUUAUACUUUUACCAAAACCUUUGCGACUCAGGGAAACUACACUGUCAAUAUUCGAAUAAUCGCAGAGUUGAAUUCUGUAGAGUAUGUGAAUUAUGUGUACGUUUGGGACAGCGUCACAGUCUGCCUUUCCAGCGACCUCACAAAUGCAAAGACUGGCGAUGUUGUAACAUUCACUUUUAACAGUGUGCCUAACUCUGGCUUCUUGUACAGUGUAACCUUGGGCGACGGUAGCGCAGAUCUAGAGAAUGACGAGUCUGUGCUAUCGGCUGUCUAUUCAGCAGCCACAUUAACUCACACAUACUCCAAUCCCGGUGUAUACCUCGUUACCAUGGCAGCUUGGAAUCCAUUCUACGUCAGCAUUUGUGAUUUUACUAUCAUCAUACAAGUGCCAGUACCAACGAUGGUGCUUACUCCUGCAACUGACACUAUUCCAUAUCCAGACGGACUUGUAGAUUUUACUUUCGCCAUGGCUUCGACCGGUCCAAGUCCGACAAAUGUGUCAUGCGAUUUCGACUUUGACGAGUCACAGGACACGAAUGAAAGCACGGAAAUUAUUUUCGGAACUGAUAUUUCGAAGUCGUUUAUUUUUACGUCAGCUGCUGUGAAAGCUAUAAACUUCACCUGCUGGAAUCUUGUUUCAACUGAAACACAGACGGCCUCUAUCGAUGUCAAGGCAUGGACCCUAAGCGACUUCACUAUCACCCAUUUGUCCAAGGUUAGCUCAAACAUGACCGCCACUCUCGAUGAAAAAGGUUUCAUGACGCCAAUAAGUGAAGUUACCGAAGUCACUUUUAAUAUUUCCUUGCUUGGCUGUUCUAGACCUCCUCCUGGUGUUUCGUUUGUCUGGAAUUUCGGGGAUCAAACAGCCAACGUACCGCAAACAGUAUCAUCUUUUGAUCUAAUUAAACACACUUAUGCGACAAGAGGCAGUUAUUCCCUGAUAGUCGACAUGACGGCGACAACGCCUGCCGAUACAUUUUCCCUCACUGGGCAAUCCGUGCAAAUUGGCAUUGGAGUUCUUCAUGCAGACACGUACACGGGCACGGUAGGCAGUACCCCUGUCACACUAACUGUUUCAGGACUUGACAACGCCGCGGACAUCACGAUCUAUGCCGGCGAUGCUGCUGACACAUCGUACCCAACCACUAACGCUUUGACGGCAACUGCUUCUCACCAGUAUAACACAUGGGGAGCCUUCCUUCCGAGAGCUAUAAUCGAAAGCACUGGCGAGGUAGAACUAGUGUACAUGAACGAAUCAUACAAAGCCGAUUACUCACUUGAUGAUUUAUCUUUGGAAUUUUCCAACCUAACUUUGCCUCUUCCUCCCGGAAUACUGACAAUGAAUGUUACAGUCACAGGCGGCGAUCGUCCUAUGGUCCUAUGCAAUGUGAACUAUGGCGACGCUAUAGACAGAGAAUGGCAUGCAUUUGAACACAACAUCACAAGUACGUCGCCUAUGGCCUUAAACAUCACUUACUUAACGCUAGGAGAACAUUUGCUUCAAGUGAAUUGUUCGAACUUUAUCGACACUUUUUACAAUGCAAGUGAAGUGAUAGCGAGGAAUCCAUGUUUUUCCUAUAACGGAAUGUUUAUUCGCGAUUACGCUGAUCCGUCUACACCAAUGAAAGCUUUCACCUCAGUUGAUACGGAUCUAGCUAACGGAAUGUCUGUCGUUUGCUUUUGGCUGAAUCCAGACUAUAAAUGGACCCUAAUGAGCUGGAAUAAUGGCGUGACUGUUCCAGUUGGUUAUUUGGAUACAUUAGAACCAAAACCAAAAGGCGCAUUGCGGUUUCUAAGAAGCAGCUUACCACCAGGGGUAUACGAAGUGUGUCUUAAUGUCACACUGGAGGACACUUAUGCCUACGAAUGUACUUACCUGGGUUUGGUACGGCCUUCACCGUUUCCCUAUAUUGUCGGAGGAACUGGAAGAACCGCCAAGAGAGGUAUGAUAAUAGUCGACGGUUUCACUGACACCUAUGACCAAGAAGGUGGGAACGGUAAAAGAGACGGCCUCAACUUUACGCUCAACUGUUUCAGGUACAACCAAACGAAAGAUUGGGUCUCUGAACAAUUUGAUGCCGAAGGUGGGAUUGCGUUCUUUUCUAAUGCCUCCUCGAACAAAAACAGCACCAUGUUUGACAGUGAAUAUGUUUGUGAUUCUUUCGUUGAAAUUUCUCCCGGAAAGAUGUUACUAAACGCCACUUCUUACGAUUACAUGUCAUAUUUGUUCAUCAUGCGAGUUGACCUGGAUCAGGCUGAGUCGUCCUACUUCACGCAGGUCAUGUACGUCAUGGAGGGCGAUUUCCCAUUGGCCACCAUUGACUGCAUCAUUAACUGUCGGGAAAAGGUUGCACUGCAGCUUAAAACAAGUUUGAAAUGCACAUGCACGGACUGUACGCCGGCCGAGGUGCCCGAUCUGACGUGCUCCUGGUCACUUGAACAGAUCUUGGCUAAUGGAAGUAGCGUCGUUGUUCCAGAUUUCGCUAGCAUGACUGAAACAGGUGUAACGGACCAGUCUUUAGUAAUCAAAGAGGAUGUGCUGGAAGCUGGGUUUAUUUACGAGACAGUGCUCUCAAUGUCCUUGCCUAAUCGACUCAAAGUUGGAAGAGCUGUCAUGACUUUGAAAGUCAACUUACCACCCUAUGGAGGGACCUGUUCCAUCACUCCAUUAGAAGGAUAUGCCAUCACUGGGAAGUUUGACGCCACGUGUACAGGCUGGAAGGAUGAAGGCGCUAACGAUGGAAGAGACCCUGUAGAGGAUUUGAAACAAGUGUUGACAUACGAGUUCGUCGCGAUACAGCGAUACGGGACCCCCGAGGAAACUAGGUAUCCUAUUACUAAGGGAAAUGCUGCCGCAGCUAGCCAGAUGGACCUCCAGGUAGGACACCCCGACGUCCAAUACAACGUCACUAUUGGUGUCUACAUCACGGAUUACUAUGGAGAUAAAACCGUAAACUUGGAGUCGGUUGCCAAGGUUCAAAUGAACGAAUCCAUGGUACCCAGUAAUCCAAAUGAUACUGGUAUCAUUGCUGACCUCUUCAGCACCUUCAACGAGUCUAGGCAGCAACUGGAAGCUGGAGGCAACACGUUAGCACUCGUAACUGCUGUUGGUGUAAUGGGCUCCUUUAUUUCCUCUAUCCAAUUAGGAGGACAGGUAGGAGAAUUGCUAAAAGAGAAAAACCUUGAACUGAUGUCUAUGCUGGAUGCAGCUGUACCAAACGGCACUGACCUUAGUAUGAGCGCGACUGGCAAUUUGCUAAAUGGAGUGAACACUUUGCUUUCUAACCCUGAUAUAGUUACCGACAAAGCCAUAGGCUCUGCCAUGAACAUUGCUCACCAGCUCGCCGAGUCCCUGGAAAGCAAGAUCAAUCAGAAGCCGUUUCCUAUGGAAGAUAUAGGAAGCAUGACAGCUGUCAGUGAAAGUCUUUUGGACGUUGUGAGUUCCACUUCAAAAAGUAUAACCCCGUCAUCAGUCGAGGACACGAAUGCUGAAAUUACAUUGGACUCUGUACGGAAAGACAUGCAAGCCAAAUGGUCUUAUAAUAACAGCCAAGAUGCAUUAACAGAGGAGGAACAGAAGGAACAGGACCGACUAGUUGAGGAAGAAUAUAACCGGAGGAAAGCUGCUCAGGAAGACACAAAGACGAAAGCUGCCACGGCCGAGACAGGAAUACCAGAACUUUUUGACAUCAUCGAGAGAGUACAGGCGCUAUUGGCGGCAAUGAUACAGCCAGGAGAACCCGCUGUCGUGAUCAAACGAGAUAACUGUGUGAUUACAACAGAGAAGUCGAGACUCCAAGACCUAAUGAAUAGUACAAGUCUCAACAAGACAGAUUUCGGGAUAGAUUUUGGAAACUCAUCAUUGGACGGAUUCACCGCAGUGCAGUUAGAUACAUCGACAUUUGACAAGGUCGUUCAUUUCUUCGGCGACAACGCUGGAGGUAUAACAUCCGGAGAAUACACUGUUUCUUUGAAAGACGAAAACGGAACUGCAAUGGCGAUGAACACAACGCUGAACAUCAAGAACAAAGGAGCGGGCGUGCCGUUCUCCAACCACAUGCCUACGAUGAGUGAGGACGGUUUGACGCACAUAAGGUUCGACCUAAGAUACCGGGACGAUGCAGCACUAAUCUAUAUUCUGCCUAAGGAUUUCCUUUUUGCAGAUUUAAAUUCAUUCAACCUGUACAACGUCUACGUGCGGUGCAUCGACUUUGCACGUGUGGACGUCUACGACUACAAGCAUGUUAUGAAUGUACGAGAUUGGGAAGAAGAUUACGGGUUUAAAAUCUUCGUUCCACAAGACAUCUGUGCAGCGGGUAAAACCUACGUUGGUCUGGAGCCACAAGAAGAAUUCAUGUUACCGCCUAUAUCGUCCAGAAUGAGGAGGAAGCGUGCAGCCGCCACAGUAACAACUACAGAAGCACCAUUCCAGAUGAGCACAGCCAAUUUUAGCACCAUUAUCAUGACUACAGGUUGUCGUAGCUGGGAUCAAGCCAAUAAUGAGUGGACGUCCCAGGGUUGUACUGUGUUACCUUUUUCAACUUUGAAUGAAACCGUCUGUCGAUGUCCAGAGGCUCCAGGAAAUACUUUUUCCACGACCUUUUACGUCCCUCCAAACACCAUCGACUUCAACACAGUGUGGUCCAAGUUCGACCCAGCCAAUGCCUCGGUGUAUGGUACAGUCAUAGGUCUACUGGUAGUAUACGUCAUAGCCUGUGUGCUGGCCAAUCGAGAGGACAGAAAGGACUACAUGAGGUGGGCAACUCAUUUCCUGUGCGAUAGUGACAGCGAGGACAGAUAUUUCUACCUUAUCACUGUCCACACAGGGCUAAGGGGUGGUGCGGGCACAAAGUCUUUGGUCAACUUCGUUCUGGCAGGAGAGGAGAUGGACACAGGAGUCAGACUCCUGAGUGAUGGCGAUAAACAGGGUUUUGAAACAAGCAGCGUACGAAAGUUUUUCAUGGGGACCCCAGAGCCACUUGGCGACCUGACUUACCUCCGGAUUUGGCACGACAGUUCAGGCCGAGGCGAUAAUAAGUCCUGGUACCUGCACAAGAUCACAGUUGACGACCCCCAGAUAGGUCAAAGGUACGUAUUCCUUUGUGAUAAAUGGUUGGCUGCAGAACGAGACGAUGGAAUGGUUGAGCGACUACUACCAGUCUGUGGCAGGGAUAACCUGCUCACCUUCGAUAAACUCUUCUCUCAGCAUGCUCGCUUCAACCUUACGGAAAAUCACCUGUGGCUUUCAAUGAUCAUGAGGCCGGAGCAGAGUAGCUUUAGUCGAGUACAGCGUCUGUCCUGUGUACUCGCUCUACUUUUCCUAACGAUGAUCGCAAAUGCCAUGUUCUUUCGAUCGGAGGAUGACGUUAGUCCGAAUGCUGUUUCCAUCGGAUUCAUUCGAUUUUCACUCACCACUGUGUACGUUUCCUUUAUUGGUAUCCUUAUAACGACUCCCCCGAUUCUGCUGGUCACCUAUAUCUACAAAAAGGCAAAGCCAUCCUAUCCAAAGAACAAGAAAUUGUCUAACAAGAAAGAAAAGGAGAUUCGCAACAUAUUCCAAGCAAAGACCAUUAUGAACCAGAAUGAACACUUUUCGGAUUCGCAAUUUUACUCUGUUGAUCAUUUGCCUCUUCCAGCCUGGUCUCGAUAUAUCGCUACGACUAUUGUCAUUUUGGCUGUCGUCACCUCUGCUUUCUUCCUCAUUCUCUACAGUAUGGAGUGGGGAAAGGAUAAAUCAGAGGAGUGGCUGUCAACGUUUGUCUUCUCUUUCUUUGAAUCCUUACUUGUCGUGGAUCCUUUCAAAGUGAUUAUGAUCGCCGUGCUCUUCGCACUACUGUUCAAGAAGCCAGUUGAUGCAGGAGGGCCACAGCUUAAGAUGGAUAAACUGAGACACGCCGCAAAAGCCUUCAAUGCUGGUUCAUCCAGAACAUAUCUGUCUUUCCGAAUGGAUGUAUUAUCAAGUAACAGUCCUCCCUCGACAGAAAUGCUGGAAAAAACAAGGACUCAACGUUUGAAUGAAAUGAAAGCAAGAGAGGUGUUCAUGGAACUUGUUCUCUACGGUAUAUUUGCUUUCGUCAUAUACAGCAUAAGCUUCGUGAACCGUGACCAAAGAUCCUACAACUUAAAGUCAAACAUCUAUGAAUCUCUUGUUGCUCCCUCCAAAACUCACUUGGGCUUCAGUAAGGUGGAAGAUGCGAUUGAUUUCGUAGACUGGAUGAACGGUACAUUCUUCACGAGAUACUUCCCAGAGGAGGAAUAUAACGGAGACCCCCUAGAUGUGCGGGACAAAAUGUACUUUUGGGAUAUAGCCAAUGUUCGUAUAGGUCCACCAAGGCUUCGACAAGUCAGAAUGAAAAGAGGCGCCUGUCCGUAUGACAAAGUGACCCCUGGACGAGAAUGCAUCCCAGGUUAUGAAGUGACAACUGAGGAGGACAACGACUACUGUGUUGGGUGGUCCACAGACCCUGCCGGAAGUGGUUGUACCAAUUCCAAGUUGUUUACUCAGAACGCCUGGACAUAUAAGCAUUCCGAGGAUAUUUGGGGAGUGGCUAUAGCUGGGAAUUUCGAGGUUUAUGGCGGAGGCGGCUAUAUUCUCAAAUUUGAAAAUGGACUGGCUACUUCGAGGCUUAUUCUGGAAGAGUUAAAGACAAUGAAAUGGAUCAAUCGUGAGACCAGGGCCGUGUUCCUUGAAUUCACCUUAUAUAACGCAAAUACAAAUCUCUUUACCUAUGUUAUAUUCUUGGCUGAGUUUACGGAGCUCGGUGGUCUCGUUACGUGGAGCAACAUUUACUGUUUCCGUGCCUAUCAGCACACAGGUGCCCUCGGUACGUUUGCAAUGCUGUGCUAUUUCAUCUACAUGAUUGUGAUGAUUUACGGGACGGUGAAACUGAUACUCAAGUUCCGGAAAGCAGGUUGUUGUCAAUUUGUUCAAGACGUUUGGAACGUCAUUGAUACUUGCUGUGCUUUACUCAGUUUUGUUGCGGUAGUGAUGUGGGGUUUGAGGUAUUCAUAUUCACAGCAGUCCCUUGCUGUCUACUACGAUGAUAAACGAGCUUUCAUAAACUUUCAGCAUGUCGUUAUCUGGGACAUCGUUUUUAACGUCAUCACAGGCAUACUGGUUUUCAUAGCAACGAUUCGGAUACUGCGUAUUCUCGGCUACAACAAGCGGAUGACUCAAUUGGCGGCUGUAAUCUCCAACGCUGCAGCGGACCUCUCUGGGUUUGUUGUCGUUUUCGGUAUAGUUUUCUUUGCCUACGUAUCAUUCGGAUAUCUCCUGUUUGGCAUUUACAUCUACGAAUAUAGAAAUCUGUUCACGUCGCUUGGAAGUUUGGCAAAUGCCCUGAUUGGAAAGAACAGUCUGGACUCCAUGAUUAGGGCUGUACCGAAUUGGUCCCAGAUGUACUAUUUCACGUACGUCUUUUUCGUCAUCCUUACGCUGAUGACAAUGUUCGCCGUCAUUCUCAAUCAGAGUAUAUCGGAGGUGCGUGCAGACCUGAUGAAGGUUCCACAGACGUACGGGAUUAUGGAUAUCCUUGGAAACUCAGUAAAAGACAUACUUGGCGUGGCCUUCAAGUUCAAAUCUAAGGGAGAGCCAGAGAAAGAGAAUUCAGCGAGGAAAUACAUGCCUGCUGUAGGGAAAAGGCCACCGGAGAUCGAUGCCCCCAACAUUCUACGACUAGUUAGGGAAACAUUUGGGGAAACAUGGGAUACAGACGAGCAGCCACCAGACGAGGAGGAAUUGAUGAGAAGGAAGAAAGCGGAAGAACAACUUCUUAUUCUUGAUUCAUUCCUUCACCCAAAGCCCGGGGCUAAGGGAGGCAUGGGUGGAAAAUUGGAUCUACAUCGACCGGGGACCCCGGGUGACGUCCGUUUGACAGUGGAGACGCCCGAUCUCGACCAGGACCAGCUCUACUCCUCCUACUUGUAAAGUGUUCCCACGUAAAACAGUUUAUAAAGUGUUCCCGUAGCGUUGUUAUAGCAGCAAACACCUUGACAUAGAAGACUGUGAUACAUUUAGUUGGCUUUAAAUGGUAUUGUUUGUUAAAUUGAUUUAUACAUAUUUAUUUGUUAGAUCAUUUUUUUGUCUUUUUUUGUGUGUGACGCACAGUUCAAUACUGGUAAGAUGUAAGAUAACGUUUUUGCUAUUUUAAAAUGAGUGAAUAAAUUAGAAACUGAAAAGAAGAUCGGAAAAAUAUUGAGUUCGCAAUAUUAACCAUCCAUAUGUAUUAAAUUCAAUAUUACCACGGGAGUUUGGUAAAGAGAGAUGUAAACAUGUAUCUUAAAUACAUAUUCUUUUAUGUUUAGUUAUGUUUUCCUGUAAAAUUAAAAUGUAUGUCUGGUUUUUUUUAUAAUUUUCUAUAGUAUAUCGAAUAGAUUGGAUUAAAUGAUAAUAUGAGGGGCCUUAAAAUAACUGCUGUGUGAUCAUCGCCGAUGCUCAAAUCUAUCUUGAAAUUCCAAUGCAUUUUUUUAAAUGGAUAUACUAUCAAUGCUGUUUUAUUUAUUGUUACAUAAUUGAAGUUUAACUACCGUAAAGUCCGUCCCCUUGGCCUGCAGGCAUUCAAUAUCAAUUACCUAUUCAGAAAAUAUAUUUGAAUAAUGCUCUUUUUAAAAAAUGCUUUUAUAAUUUCUUUAAUUAUGAUACACUUUAAUAACUUUGUAUAUGUAAAUUAUUUUGUUAAAUAUGUUUCGAUAUUUCACCUGAAAUUUAAAUAAAAUUGUU